AUGAAAAAUCAAACCACAGUGACUGAAUUUAUUCUCCUGGGACUUUCCGGUGACCCACAGUUGCAGAUUUUCCUGUUCUCGGUGUUUUUAAUUAUUUACCUAAUCACUCUGGGUGGUAACAUAGUGAUCAUGCUGAUGAUAAGAGCUGAUUCUCACCUUCACACACCUAUGUACUUCUUCCUCUUCCAUUUAUCAUUUGUUGAUAUCUGCUAUUCCUCAGUCAUGGUGCCUAAUGCGCUGAGAAACUUCCUAGCAGAGCGCAAAACUAUUUCUGUCAAUGGCUCCAUUGCUCAGAUGUUCUUCAUCCUCCUCUCAGGUGGAGCUGAAAUUUUCAUUCUCUCAGCCGUGGCUUAUGACUGCUACGCUGCCAUCUGUGACCCAUUGCGUUACAUGGAGAGAAUGAGCAAAGGGAUCUGUGCUCAGCUGGUGAGUGGUGCAUGGACUAGAAGUUUCUUCCGUGCCCUGCUUAACACUGUUUUUACCUUCAAGUUGCAUUUCUGUGGGCCCAAUCAUAUCAGCCAUUUCAGCUGUGAGCUCUCUCCUCUGUUACAACUAUCCUGCACUGAUACCCUCACCAAUCAAGUGGUGCUUCUUACUUCUGUUCUGAUAUUUGGAUCAAGAUCCUUCCUUCUUACCCUGAUCUCCUACAUUCACAUCAUCUCCACCAUCCUGAGGAUACUCUCUGCCGAGGGCAGGCAUAAGGCCUUCUCCACCUGCAUCUCCAACCUGAUUGUGGUUGGCUUAUUUUACCUGACAGGUUUUCUCCAGUACACAAGAUCCAAUUCGGUCUCUUCUUUGGCGGUGGGUGAAAUAUUCUCCAUCCAGUACAGCGUCUUGACUCCCGUGAUAAACCCUAUUAUCUACAGCUUGGAAAACAAGGAGGUGAAAACAGGUCUAGAGCAAAUGUUGGGGAAACUGAAGUUUCUUGAGUAA